AUUUUAACAAUGAAAAUGAAUAUUUUCACCGCAUUGCCACUUGAAUUGGCCGCAACAGCUAUAGACACCUUGUGUUCCUCUACCUUGGUUAUGGGCAGUGUUCCCCCGCAAAUUACUCCUGAUAUAUCCAAGAUGCACUUCCAGUACAUGACGCCGUGCCUCAACUACAGUGUUCCAUUGAUGGAAGCCGAAAAACUUUGGAUGCACCCAAAAUUUAGAAAGAAUCGAAAACUGGUUAUUCUAGCGACAGGCUGGACAAAUACCGUCAACGAAUCGGGAACUAUAGCAAUGAUAUCGAAGGCCUUUAUGUGUCGACCUGGUGUCAGCUUUGUGAUUAUAGACACUGCCCAUUAUGUAGAUACCCUAUACAAGUGGUCGGCAUUGAACACGGAUCUCAUUGGAGAGCAUCUGGCCGUCGGCUUGCAUCAUUUGAUAAAAGCGAUGCCUUGGAUGGACAUUCAUUUAAUCGGACAUUCGUUGGGUGCACAUAUCAUGGGCACUGCAGGACGAACAUUCAAGAAACUCGCAGGGUAUCUGGUGUCCCGCAUCACAGGUCUCGAUCCCGCUAAGCCUUGUUUUCGUUAUUCAAAGACGCUGCCUGGCCUAAAGCAAGGUGAUGCGAGUAUUGUGGACAUCAUACACACAAAUAUUGGCAUACUCUCCAAACGUGAGCCAAUGGGAGAUAUUGAUUUUUAUCCUGGAGGUGCACAUCCCAUUAAGCCCGGUUGUCUGACCAUUGGCUGUUCCCACACCCGUGCAGUCGAAUACUUUGCCGAGAGCGUCUAUCCGGAGCAUCAGAGGAGCUUUUUGGGCAUCAAGUGCAGCACUUGGUCGGAUCUAAAAUGGCGCAAGUGUUCGUCCAAUAUGACCUCGACAAUGGGCUAUAUAAUUAAUCGAAAAGCGAGCGGAAUUCACUAUGUUGAUGUCAAUGGCCGGAGUCCUUUUGGCAAGGCUUACAGCGAUUUACUUCCAAAACAUUUCGGCUGUGCCAAAAAUAAGUGUUAGAAAAUUCAGGUACAUUUAAUUAAUACUAUAUUUAUGGUACCGUUCAGAAUAUUAUUUUAAUAAAUAUGUAGUUAGUAUAAUUUAGGUAGGUAGUAGACCUCGAAUUAGUAAACAGGCAUAAAAUUCCGUGGA